UCUAUUUCUUCACAAUCAUCUCCACACACAUCUUUCAUCUCUUGAUUCCAAUCCAUUAUCUCUUCCUGUAUCCAGUUCUGUAGGGGAAAUGGCCACUGUUACUACUCAAGCCUCGGCCUCGAUAUUCAGACCAUGCACUUCAAAGCCAAGAUUCCUCACCGGUUCUUCCGGUAGGUUGAACCGAGAUUUGUCGUUUAAGUCAAUCGGCUCAUCAUCCUCAAAGACGGCCUCGUUCAAGGUUGAAGCUAAGAAAGGAGAAUGGUUGCCCGGUUUGGCAUCUCCUGGUUAUCUCAACGGCAGUCUUGCCGGGGACAAUGGGUUUGACCCAUUGGGACUUGCAGAGGAUCCAGAGAACUUGAAGUGGUUCAUCCAGGCAGAGCUUGUCAACGGACGGUGGGCUAUGCUUGGCGUCGCAGGGAUGCUUUUGCCGGAAGUUUUCACCAAGAUCGGAAUCAUCAACGUUCCUGAGUGGUAUGAUGCUGGAAAAGAGCAGUAUUUUGCAUCAUCAUCGACAUUGUUCGUGAUCGAAUUCAUAUUGUUUCAUUACGUUGAGAUCAGACGGUGGCAAGACAUUAAGAACCCAGGAAGUGUGAACCAAGACCCUAUCUUCAAGCAAUACAGCUUGCCUCCAAAUGAAGUUGGUUACCCUGGAGGAAUCUUUAACCCGCUUAACUUCGCUCCUACGCUCGAGGCCAAGGAGAAAGAGCUUGCAAACGGGAGGUUGGCUAUGUUGGCAUUCUUAGGGUUCGUGAUUCAACACAAUGUGACUGGAAAGGGACCAUUUGAGAACCUCUUGCAGCACCUGUCUGACCCAUGGCACAACACCAUUGUCCAAACCUUCAGCUGAAGAUUUAAUACAGACUUAUGAAACUCAUUUCUCUCGAUCUUCUGCUGCCUUCAUAUCUGUGUUUGUUGCAUCUUAGAGUUCUUGGUUUGUGAGCUUGAAACAGUAUGGUAUUUGUUGUAGCUCAAUGAACAAAUUUAAAAAUCUUGUGUGUACAAAGGAACUAAGUUCAUCAAGAUUGUGCUACUCUUUAAUAUCUA